UUCAAAAUCAACACACACACACAUGCACAAAAUGCUGGAGGAACUCAGCAGGUCAGGCAGCAUCUAUGGAGGGGAAUAAGCACUCAACGUUUCGGGCCGAGACCCUUCGCAGGACUGGGAAGGAAGGGGGGAGGAUGCCAGAAUAAAAAGUUCUCCUGUUCCAGCCCAUCGUGGACGAUGACAUGGAGGGGAAGACACUGAAGAUCACCGACUUCGGGCUGGCCCGCGAGUGGCACAGGACCACGAAGAUGAGCACGGCCGGUACUUACGCCUGGAUGGCCCCCGAGGUGAUCAAGACGUCAACGUUCUCCAAAGGGAGUGACGUGUGGAGCUACGGGGUGCUGCUGUGGGAGCUGCUGACAGGCGAGGUCCCCUACAAAGGCAUCGACGGCCUCGCUGUUGCCUACGGCGUGGCGGUCAACAAGCUGACCCUCCCGAUCCCGUCCACCUGUCCGGAGACGUUCGCUCAGUUGAUGUCAGAAUGCUGGGAUGAGGACCCUCACCGGCGGCCGCAGUUCGCCUCCAUCUUGGGGCAGCUGACCACCAUUGAGGAGCAGGUGUUGCUGGAAAUGCCCCAGGAGUCGUUCCACUCCAUGCAGGAGGACUGGAAGCUGGAGAUCCAGGACAUGUUCGAUGAACUGAGGGCCAAAGAGAAGGAGCUGCUGUGCCGCGAGGAGGAGCUGAAGCGGGCGGCGCUGCAGCAGAAGUCGCACGAGGAGUCGCUGCGCCAGCGGGAGCACGCGCUGGCGCAGUGGGAGCUGGACGUCUUCGAGCGCGAGCUCAGCCUCCUCAUCUACCAGAUGAACGCCGAGAAGCCGAACGUGAAGAAGCGGAAAGGCACCUUCAAGAAGAACAAGCUGAAGGUGAAAGACGGCCAUCGCAUCAGCCGGCCCAUUGAUUUCCAGCACAAGCUCACCGUCCAGGCCUCCCCGGUUCUCAAUAAGAAGAAAGGCUUGUUUGACGUCAGCUCCAGUUUGGCCAAUAACUCGACCUUCGUCCCGCGGCUGAGGGCAAUACAGUUGAUUCCCAAUGAGAACAAUGGCGCGUGGAGCAGGUGUCCGGCCUGGGGCCCCGAGACCUCCGACGGGGAGGACUGUGGGAAAGGAGAGCGGAGACCCGGAUGCACCCAGCGGAACAACGGGAAUAAACCCUGGGAAUUGCCGGCUGAUGGAAGGACACGACCUCGGGCGGACAAUGAGAUAUGGAUCGGCGAAUCCGGAGACGAGGGGUCAACUCCGUCUUCAACCAACUCCACUGGAGACUCUAAUCCCGCCGACGACACCAGGAGCGACGAGCACCUCCCGGUCGACGACCCUCACCUACCUCAGGCCGCCGAAGACCGCGCCGACGAAGGCCGCUGGCCGUUGAGGAGCCCGCGCCGGGCCUUGCUAGCCAGCGCCGCCGUGCUCGCCUCGGUGGCGCUCGGCCGUGGCCUGCAGGGCCCGCGCCAGGCCGACGCCCAGGAGGCCCCCGCCGGCUGCGGCAACGGCGGCUCGCCGCAGCUGACGCACGGCAAGAAGGCCCGGAAGGAGGCCGCCGAGCCGCCCGGCGACCUCAUCCACUUCUCCGACAGCCUGGACCCGGCCGAGGUGCUGAUUGACCUGGCCCCCGCCAGCGGGCGGCCCCUGCUGCUGCCCGGGCCCCCGGUCACCCCGAGGAGGGAGCGGAGGCGUGUCGCUGGCGGGGGCAGUCCGUCGGAAAUCAGCGCUGACACUGCAGGAGAGACUACCUCCCCCAUCAGGCUGAGGGACCAGCACACGUCCGGCUUCUCUGAACACAGGCACCCCUGGGCCUGGCAGCGGGCGGAGCACCCCAAGAUGGCGGCCCUCCCCCGGCCCCGGCCCUCCCCGGCUCGAGCCAGGAUCGACCCCUGGAGCUGCGUCUCCACCGGCCCCAGCGACCAGGGCCGGGCGCCGGACCCCUUCGCCUCGCCGGGGCCGCGGCCACCGACGCCCGGCAACCCCUUCCGCUCACCGGCGACCCCGCCCCAGCAGAGCGGCGUGGCCUGGGGGCACCUCCAGGCCCCGGGGCCCAGGAACCCCUUCACCCCGUUCCCGCCACCUGCCGCCGGCCCCUUCGCUGCCGCAGCCAACGGAGCUGGCUUCCCGAGCUGCCCCUUCUCCGGACUCGUGUUCAGCCCCUCCGGGGGGCCUCCGCCGGCCACCCAGCACCAGAACUUCAUCAACCUGGACUCCGAGACAUGGGCCAAGGACUUCCUCCCACCCGGCUGGUCAGAGCAGGGUUGAGGACUCGCCAGUCUCGAUUGGAAGCGUUUUUCCCACUUCCCCCCCACUUCCCCGUACCUCGGACUCCAUCCACCGAACCAUAAGUGACAGGCGCCAGGUGGGAAUGACCUUCCCCGGGCCGUGGAGCAAACUCCGAGGGCGUCAGAGGGCCGGUUCGGGGUGCCAGGAGGCAGCAAGGGACAACGGGGCUGGGGGAACUUUGCCGAGCCGGGACGAAACUGGGACGCGCGGGCGCGAGGCGCUCCCUCGCCGGUGCGUUCACCCGCAAAGCGCGGGUGGUGGCGGAGGGGCGGAGGGGAGGGGGACGCAGAACGAGGGAACGCGGCCUCUCGGCUGAGCAGGACCCGCGGGCGGUCGUGGUAUUUUUAGGAAAAUACGUUUUACAAAAGAGGGACCAAAAAAAAUAUUAUUAUUAUUAUUAUUAUUAUUAUUAUUAAAUAAAACUUUCUGACCUC